GGGGGCGUGGUUGCCACUGCGGGCCGGAAGCGGGAGGCCGCAGGGGCGGGGCCGGGGGUGUCCUUUUUCCGGCCGGUCCCCAUGGAGGCGCUGGGGAAGCUGAAGCAGUUCGAUGCCUAUCCCAAGACUCUGGAGGACUUCCGGGUCAAGACCUGCGGGGGUGCCACGGUGACCAUCGUCAGUGGCUUGCUCAUGUUGUUGUUGUUCCUGUCCGAGCUGCAGUAUUACCUUACCACGGAGGUGCAUCCCGAGCUCUACGUGGACAAGUCGCGGGGAGAUAAACUGAAGAUCAACAUCGACGUUCUGUUCCCGCACAUGCCUUGCGCCUAUCUGAGCAUCGACGCCAUGGAUGUGGCCGGGGAGCAGCAGCUGGAUGUAGAACACAACCUAUUCAAGAAACGCCUGGACAAGGAUGGGGUCCCCGUGAGCUCCGAGGCGGAGCGCCAUGAGCUCGGCAAGAUCGAGGUGACCGUGUUCGACCCGAACUCCCUGGAUCCUGACCGCUGUGAGAGCUGCUAUGGCGCGGAGUCUGAAGACAUCAAGUGCUGUAACACAUGUGAAGAUGUGCGAGAGGCUUAUCGCCGCCGAGGCUGGGCCUUCAAGAACCCAGAUACCAUCGAGCAGUGCCGGAGAGAGGGCUUUAGUCAGAAGAUGCAGGAGCAGAAGAACGAAGGUUGCCAGGUGUAUGGCUUCUUGGAAGUCAACAAGGUGGCUGGGAACUUCCACUUUGCCCCCGGGAAGAGCUUCCAGCAGUCUCACGUCCAUGUACAUGCUGUGGAGAUCCAUGACCUGCAGAGCUUCGGCCUCGACAACAUCAACAUGACGCACUACAUCCAGCACCUGUCAUUCGGGGAGGACUACCCGGGCAUCGUCAACCCCCUGGACCACACCAACGUCACUGCACCACAAGCUUCCAUGAUGUUCCAGUAUUUCGUGAAGGUCGUCCCCACUGUGUAUAUGAAAGUGGAUGGGGAGGUGCUGAGGACAAAUCAGUUCUCUGUGACCAGACAUGAGAAGGUUGCCAAUGGGCUGCUGGGCGACCAGGGACUGCCUGGGGUCUUCGUGCUGUAUGAGCUCUCGCCCAUGAUGGUGAAGCUAACAGAGAAGCACAGGUCCUUCACUCACUUCCUGACUGGAGUGUGCGCCAUCAUUGGGGGCAUGUUCACAGUGGCUGGACUCAUCGAUUCGCUCAUCUACCACUCGGCACGAGCCAUCCAGAAGAAAAUCGACCUCGGAAAGACGACGUAGUGCCCCCUCCCCUCCAUCGGCCACUCCUGUUGCUCUGCAGCCUGUGGCUGUACCCCUGCCUCUCGCAGCAUCAUCCCUUCACCUCAGAUCCAGCCCCAAGCCAGGUUGAUAAAUCUAUUGAUUGUGAUAGUA